AUGAUUAACUGGAUCAUGCAGUGCAUUAGUACUCCUAAAUAUUCCCUAUCUUUAAAUGGCACACUUCAUGGCUAUUUUGAGGGAGCUAGAGGUUUAAGGCAAGGAGAUCCUCUUUCCCCAUACCUAUUUGUUUUAGGAAUGGAGUAUCUUUCGAGAAGGCUAUGCAUGCUCAAAGAAGAUAGACUGUUCAAAUAUCAUCCAAAGUGUUCAAGGCUGAAAAUUUCCCAUCUCUUCUUUGGACUGUUCAAAUAUCAUCCAAAGUGUUCAAGGCUGAAAAUUUCCCAUCUCUUCUUUGCUGAUGAUCUGUUACUCUUCUGCAAGGCUGAUUUAUACUCUAUUGCAAAAUUAAAAGAAUGCCUUUCAGAUUUCAGCUGUGUGUCUGGAUUAGAAACAAAUCCUAACAAAUGUUCUAUUUACAUGAGUGGGAUUGGAGAUGAUUUAAAAGCUCAAAUUUGUGCUCUCCUUAAUUUCUCUGAAGGAGUACUUCCUGUGAGAUACUUAGGAGUACCACUAAUCUCUAAGAGACUGUCUUAUAUGGAUUGCUAUCCAUUGAUCAAUAAGAUAUCUACUCAGCUUCAAAACUGGCAAAAGAAGAAAACUCUCUCUUAUGCAGGAAGACUGCAGCUGAUUAAAACUGUUAUUCUGGGUAUUCAACUCUAUUGGACUAGCAAUUAUGUUCUCCCAGUUAAAGUCCUGGAAAAAAUUGAUAGUCUCUGUUCUGAAUUCUUGUGGAAUCACAAAAUACAUCUGAUAUCAUGGACUGCAGUAUGUCAAGAUAAAGAGCAUGGAGGUUUGGGGAUUUUCUCUGCUAGAACCUGGAAUCUUGCAGCGGCUAUGAAGCUCCUUUGGAUCAUACACCUCAAGAAUGAUCUAUUGUGGAUCAAGUGGAUUCAUGGGCAUUACCUAAGGCAAUCAAACAUUUGGCAAGUGCAAAUAAAAUUGAAUGAUUCAUGGAUGUGGAAGCAAAUGCUUAAAGUAAGAGAUAAAAUGAUAUCCAAGUUUGGAAAUAUCUCAAAUGUGCUGAAUAUUAUCACAAGGUGCUGUUCUAGAGGUAAAUUUCAGAUUUCUUCUAUCUAUAAUGAGAUCAUACAGCAAAAUGCACCUGUUGUUUGGUCUAGAACAGUCUGGGAUGGAUGGAUGUAUCCUAAACACUCCUUUAUACUUUGGCUUGCUAUCCAAUCUAGACUGUUAACAAAAGCCAGGUUGUGUCACUUGGGGGUCCUCGACACCAACUCCUGUGUUCUAUGCACUCAUCAAAAGCAUGAAACCAUUGGGCAUCUUUUCUUUGAAUGUGAAUUCUCUGCUACUAUCUGGAACAAAGCUAUGGAAUGGAUGAAUUUCAGGUGGAAAACUUGCAACUGGGAGCGUGUUAUUCAAUGGUAUAGUGAAAAACUGAAAGGAAAGGGUUUCAUGAUGAAGCUUAAGAGAUUGGCACUAUCAGCUACAGUCUAUGCUAUAUGGAAAGAAAGGAACCAAAGAAUUUUUCAGCAUGAAGCAAAAGGAGCUGAUUUUGUGUUCAAGACAGUAAAGCUGCUAAUUUUUUCUAAGGUCCUAAAUGAUGAUAUUCCUCUUCACAUAAAGGAGAGAAUUGAGCAAAUGUAA